UCAACUGGCCGUAUAGGUUUCCCUGGCCCAGAGGGCCCUCAAGGGCCGCAAGGACCUAAGGGGUUUCCAGGCCUGGUAGGCUUUUCUGGGUCUAAAGGCUCAAGGGGAAUGCCAGGAAUACCUGGUUAUUCAGGUCCUCCAGGUCUUUCAGGUGAACCAGGAAACGCUGGUCUGCCAGGAUGGCCCGGAUUACCAGGAUAUAAUGGAACCAAGGGUGAUCGGGGAUUCCCAGGGAUUCCAGGACCAGGAGGAUUUCCAGGAUUACCAGGUCCUAAAGGCAUCAAAGGAGAAAGGGGGUGUCCUGCAAAUGGAUAUGAUGAGGGUAACAGAGCAAGAGGUGAUCCUGGGCCUCCGGGAAUGCCUGGCUCUCAGGGUGAGCCAGGACCUCAAGGAUUGCCAGGUGAAGUUGGAAUGGAAGGUCCUCCAGGAUUUCCAGGAGAACAAGGCAAAUCAGGAUUGCCAGGGCCCAAGGGUCUCAUGGGUGUUAAAGUCAUUGGAGCCAAAGGUCGAGAGGGUGACAGUGGAUUAAUGGGCCCCCCUGGACCACCAGGGACAGUUAUUGUAACACUAACUGGAGCUGAAAAUACAACGGAAUUAACAGGAGAUAAAGGAGAAAGGGGAUCACCGGGACCCUCUGGACCAUCAGGAGAAUCAGGUUUACCUGGUGAUUUUCAAAGUAAAAGAGGAGACACAGGAGAGCCAGGCUCUGAGGGUAAGCCUGGAAAGGAUGGCAUCCCUGGUCCUCCUGGCUUACGGGGAGCAAAAGGUGAUCAAGGUUUGCAAGGAUUGCCUGGAAAAGCUGGAUUAAAGGGGAAUAAAGGUGAAGUUGGCCAGCAAGGAAUUCAAGGUCCAACAGAGUAUUACAAUGAGAUGCCUGGUGAAAAAGGAAGUAAAGGCUACCCAGGGCCCCCAGGACCUAAAGGGCAGCCGGGAAGACCUGGGCUACAAGGUUCUCCUGGGGCACCUGGGAGGCCAGGUGUUUCCAGAGCUAGUCCCAGAGGUCCACAAGGUGCUCCAGGCCCCAAAGGAAGUAAAGGAGAGAGGGGGAAACAUGGCACAAAUGCUAUUGGACCACGAGGAUUUCCUGGGUCUCCAGGUAGACCUGGCUCACCAGGAUCACCAGGUUCACCAGGAAAACUAGGUACAGUAACUUUUAAAGAAGGACCACCAGGACCAGAUGGGAGUUCAGGAUGUAUGGGUUCUCCAGGACUUACAGGAGGAAGUGGAGCUAAAGGUGAAGAAGCAGGCCCAUGUAACCAGUGUACUUAUGUUAUUGGAGCACCUGGCCCUACUGGUAUUCCUGGACCUGAGGGCCAACAAGGAGUCAAAGGUGGGGAAGGAAAAGUUGGCCCUAAGGGAUCUGGAGGAACCCCUGGGCCUCAGGGGCUUCCUGGAAUUCAAGGUCUUCCUGGGCUUCCAGGAAAACAAGGCCUUAAAGGUUUGAAAGGUUUGCCAGCAUAUGCACAAUCAGAAGGUCCCGAAGGAGACAAAGGAGAACCAGGUCACAGAGGAUGCUCAGGUGAAAAAGGUGCAGAUGGGUUGCCUGGACAACCUGGGUUGAAAGGUUCGAGAGGUUCUGUGGGAGAACAGGGAACUGAUAGUCCAAAAGGGGACAGAGGCCCUCCAGGGAGAACUGGUGAGCCAGGUCUUCUUGGAGAGGUAGGGUUGCAUGGACCACCAGGAUAUGGACUACAAGGAAUGGAAGGACCUAAAGGAUCUCAAGGAGUUCCUGGUUUGCCUGGGUUACAUGGAGUUGCUGGCCCCCAAGGUGAACCUGGUAAAGUAAAUACAAUUCCUGGACCUCCAGGACUUCAGGGGCCAGAUGGUAGACCUGGAUUACAAGGAGGAAGAGGCAGUGUUGGAUCCAGAGGUCCGCGUGGCAACCCAGGCCUCCCGGGACCAGAAGGCAAUCCUGGUUUAGCAGUGAUUGGGCUUCCUGGGCAACCUGGUCCAAAAGGAGACAAAGGACCUCAGGGAUCUAAAGGACUACCAGGAUGCCCAGGAAAAUUAGGAGAACCAGGAUUACCUGGAAAACCUGGAAUCCCAGGAGAAAAGGGGGAACCAGGUCCAGUUUUUCCUGGACAGCAAGGUAGACUAGGCUCACCAGGAGAAGAAGGCUCAUCAGGUGAAAAGGGUGAAAGAGGAGUCCCAGGACUUCCAGGUCAACAAGGUCGACCAGGUUAUGAUGGUGCUGAUGGGCCAAGAGGAGAGCCUGGAGCCCCUGGCAUUCCAGGAGAAAAUGGUAUUCCAGGAAAAAUGGGUGACUGUCUUACUGGUUUACCAGGACCAUCAGGCCCUUGUGGAAUUAUGGGCCCACAAGGAGUCAAAGGUGUACCAGGACCCCAAGGAGACCCAGGUAUUCCAGGAUUAGACAUCCCUGGGCCCCAAGGACAAUUUGGACUACCAGGAUCACCUGGCUCUCAAGGAAGUAAAGGGCUUCCUGGCCUCAAAGGCCAGGCAGGCAGGCCAGGAAUAUUAGGAACAACAGGCCCAAGAGGAGACAGAGGCUUAAUGGGUCCUGUGGGUAUGCCUGGAUUACGUGGAGUCUCUGGAAAUCCAGGUAUCCCUGGAAGCAGAGGUUUUCCUGGCCUUCCAGGACCAAAAGGUAGAAAGGGAUCUUCCGGGGAGCAAGGACUGCCUGGAAGAGUGGGACACAAAGGAGAAAAAGGAGAGCAAGGUGCACAAGGAUGCAUGGGUCUCCAUGGGCCGCCAGGAACACCAGGUCCAUCAGGUUCCAAAGGUGAUAAAGGACUUUCUGGAAUUCCUGGGAUACAAGGACUGCCAGGAACCCCAGGAGACAGAGGGGACAUGGGAGUUCCAGGUCCUAAAGGUGAGCAAGGUUCUCCAGGUUUGCCUGGACCUGUAGGUAUCUCCGGUCAACCUGGCCUUGCUGGUGUUCCAGGGGACAAAGGAGAACCAGCUUGUGCUACACCAGGAAAUCCAGGACCCAAGGGCGAUUCAGGUCCCCCAGGAGAAAAGGGAAGAAAAGGCGAAAGUGGAUCACCAGGGCUACCAGGUCUUGUUGGAGAACCUGGACCUCCUGGGAACAGAGGGGAUUCUGGAUUACCAGGGAUUCCAGGGCAUCCAGGAUGUGCAGGUGAUAUGGGUGAUAAAGGGAGAAAAGGAUUAGCAGGACAAAAUGGCGUCAGAGGUCCUCCAGGUUCAUCUGGAUUACCAGGAGAUGAUGGACCAGUUGGUGAGAGGGGUAAUCUGGGACAUGAUGGUAUUCCAGGUUCCCCAGGUGAAAAGGGAGCACAAGGGUCUCCAGGUCGAGGAGCUCCAGGUGCUCAAGGCCUACCUGGUCCUAAAGGUAUCAAAGGAGAUAUGGGAAUGGCUGGUUUUCCAGGACUACAAGGUGUUAAAGGUCUUAAGGGGGACCAAGGACCAAGUGGACCUCCUGGCUUACCUGGACAACCAGGACUUCCAGGGGAACUAGGGUCAGUGAUUAGUGGCCCAAAAGGAAAUAGAGGCCCCACUGGCCCAGAUGGGAAACCAGGUGUUCCUGGUAAUCCAGGACCUGCUGGGCCAUCUAGUUAUAGUAUUAAAGGAAGUAAAGGUAUUCAAGGAACAGAUGGCUGUCCAGGACUUCCAGGACCUAAAGGUGAUGUUGGUCUACCUGGUCCCCCAGGAAUUGAUGGUAUCCCUGGGUAUCAAGGUCCUAGAGGAGACAUCGGUCUACAAGGACCUCCAGGCAGAAAAGGAGAAAAAGGCAAUCGUGGACCACCUGGGCUAAGAGGAGUGGCAGGGCCUGGGGGGCCCAAGGGACCACCUGGUCAACCUGGACCACCUGGGCAUGCUGUCUGUUUCCCAGGAAAUCCAGGACUACCUGGACCUCCAGGAAUCCCAGGAAAUCUGGGAGAUCCAGGUGCCCCAGGACCAUCUGGACCACCAGGGCCUCCAGGUAUGAAAGGUCAGCCAGGCAGACUUGGGAUUUCUGGUAGACCUGGACCACCUGGGCUGAAAGGAGCCAAAGGAUUUAAAGGACAAAGAGGUUUACCUGGAUUUCUUGGUUUACCUGGUAUAAAGGGAUCACCCGGAUAUCCAGGAACAUACUUACCUGGGACAGCAAAAAGAGGCUUCGUCUUUUCACGGCACAGCCAAUCAACAAAAAUUCCUUUAUGUCCACCUGGGACAACUCAGAUCUAUAGUGGUUAUUCUCUCCUUUUUGUACAAGGGAACGAGCAAGCACACGGGCAAGAUCUUGGAACAACAGGCAGCUGUCUUCAAAGAUUUACCACCAUGCCCUUUUUAUUCUGCAAUCCCAGUAAUGUAUGUAGCUUUGCUUCUCGCAAUGACUAUUCAUACUGGUUGUCAACUGCAGAACCAAUGCCAGCUGAUAUGGCACCAAUUUCUGGGAAAGCAUUGGAGCCCUACAUUAGCAGGUGCAUUACCUGUGAAGGCUCUGCAAUGGUAAUAACAGUCCACAGUCAAACAACUUCAGUCCCACCAUGUCCUGAAGACUGGCAGUCUCUUUGGAAAGGAUUUUCUUUUGUUAUGUAUACAGGUGCCGGCUCAGAAGCAUCUGGACAAGCACUAGCAUCCCCAGGAUCGUGUUUAGAAAAUUUUUAUGCCAUCCCAUUUAUAGAAUGUCAUGGCAGAGGGACAUGUAAUUAUUACUCAAACUCCUACAGUUUUUGGCUGGCAUCAUUAAAUUCAAGAAGAAUGUUCAGGAAACCAUUGCCACAAACUGUGAAAGCUGGAGAACUGGAAAAAAUCAUCAGCCGGUGUCAAGUCUGCAUGAAAAGAUCACUGGAGAAUUAAAUUCUUGACUCGAUGACACAACCUCUCCCCAACAGCAAAGUUUAAACAAAACCUAAAAUAUUUUCUGAACUUUUAAUAUGUUUUCACUGAAAACUGAACUGUAUUUGUACUUGAAAAUGCCAAUGUUAUGCUGUAAUGAUAAAGUGCAAUAUUUUAACUAUUUUGUUUCAGAUGAAAUGCAAAGCACUUUCUCAAGGUAAAUUGUUUAUGCUGGCAGUACCCCGGAGGGUUUUUUUCUUUCUGAACGGUGCCAUCCCUGAGGCCACUUCAGUUACAACUUAAGGAGUGUCAGGCUUUGAUCUGGAAAACAGAGCUGCCAUCUUUAUGGUAAUUUUCCACUGGAAACAGAGUAAACAUGAUAGCUGUGCUUUACAUCAAUGUUGUGAAAGCAGAUAUUACUUAAACUGAAACUCUGGUAUUACAGGAAACGGCAGUAAAAACAGGAAAAAACAAACAGAACACCCUGACUGUGUCUUUUUGACAUUUCAUCAAGCACAUGCCAUCCUCACCAGCUGGUCUUUUCUCCUGCUGGAUAAAUAGGAAUAGCAACAUUUUUGUAUCAAUGCAAUAGCCAUGCUUCUUGACUAGUUGGCAAUGCAAUUUACAAUAUGAACUUGGUUUUUAGUUCCACAUGUACAAUAUAUGUUGUUUACAUAUUGCUGGAUCCUUUACUGAUUUUGUUAGGACUUUGAUUGGGUCUUGCUAACCUAAGUCUAAAAGAUGAAAACACUGAGGAAAGUGAUUGUUGAAAGCUCUAAUUUAUUUCUGGCUGUCUUUUUAUCUUUAAUAAGACAAAACUAACUAUGGCAGGCUUGUAAAUCCCCAUCCCAACCCUGAUUAGCAUCCGGUAGCUGUGGCAAGUUAGACCAAAACAGAGAAACUUUUAAAAACUACCUAACAAUUGGGUCUCUUUUCUUUUAGAUUGUUGAUAUACCAAAUAUAACCAACAAAAUGCAAUUGAACUAGCAAAAUUUCUUGUGAUUGCGUAGACUAAUUUGCAAACCAAGACAACAAUACUAAAAAUGUGCAGAACAUUUAGAUGAAUUACACAGUAAUAGCUCAAAGGACCAACACCAGGAACUGCUUCAUAUGGGCAGCCCCAUCCAAAGCUCUGCUGCCUCCAAGAGGGCUUUUUGGCAGCACAGAGAGGCAAAGAACAAUCUCCCCACUACCAAAAAAGCCCCCAUUGAGUUCAGUGGACUUAUGGCACCCAUAAGGUGGUGUAAGUGAGAGCUUGGGCUGUUGUGCAACCACUGCAAAUCUUGGGUGAAAGAUGAUGGGGCUAAUAGAGUUGAGGGAGUACUGAUGCAGCACUGUGCACCAUGUCCAGGCAUUGUAGAUUGCAUCGGCUGCUGCCUGCAAGCAUUUCUGCUCCUUCACCAGGAUAAGUGCCAUGGGGAGGGCAGAUCUGUUGGCAUGCAGAUAACUGAUCCAUCAAGUUCAGUAUCAUUACGCUGAGUGGCAACACCUCUCCAUGAUCUCAGGUAGCGGUGUUUCACGUAAUUUACAACCUGAUCCUUUACUGGAGAUGUUGGAGUGAGACCAAAACCUAGCAUUACAUCCAACACAUGAUACCUGUUAGAGCACCAAAUUCAAAGAGCUGCUACAUUCACCACGAUGAAACUAACAAUUAUAAUCUACACAUUAACGUUUUAGUAAAUACUGGUUGAAAGCACUGGAUGAAUUAAAUUUCAUCCUGUGAAUUCAAAUUAGCCAAACAGUAAUAUUGUUCCAGAGUUUCAAGUAAAAGGAACUGCAAGAUUUACACCGGAACGUUAAAUUGAAACGGGUUGAGUUGCAGUCAUUCUGAUCCAACAAGGAAAUCUCCCAUGCACCACUGAUGUAUAUUUGCAUCCAGCUGUGAAUGCAAAUCAUAACACAUUUAUGGUCUGCAUUGAGUUUUAUAGGUGUUCCAUAUAUCAGUCUGGGGCCAGUAGUUGUGAACAGCAAAGCACACUGCCAGCUGCAUCAGUGCCUUUAUGUAGAAAUAUAAUAUAUUUUUAAAAGUGUUGCUCAAAAUGUUUUAUAUUUUUAUUGCUAUGUGUGAAACAUUUUUAGAUGGCCACUGCUUGUGAUAUUUGCACAAGUGUCAGAUUGUGAUAUUUAGCCAUAAAAAUAACAUUGCAACUUACAUAUUGAUGCAAAUGCAUGAUUUUAAAUGAAGGAUUCGUUGAUCCAGUAAACUGUCAGUUUUCUCUUGUUGCAAGUAAAGUUUUUUUU